GGCGGAUGUGAAGCGGAGCGGAGGGGCGCCGGCAGUUCCAUGGCGGGCCGCCGCCCUCUCCCAGAGAUCUCCCGGCGGUUACAUCAUUGCAUCUACAAAAUCGACGGAAAGCAGAAAGCAUGAUCUACACCGGCUUGUUGUCGAUCAUAUCCUUAGCAUAACGCUACUACUCCCUUUCACCAACUCUCCGAAGACACAACCGACGAAACAUGAUCACCUCCAUCCCCAGUCGACCGCCCCCGAUCAAUCGGUGCGGGUCUCCCCCAUCAUCGACAAGCACAGCAACCCACUUGGUCCCUGAGCACAGUACAGUCCAGCCCAAAGCCAAUCAACCACCACUAAUCAAACCAUCAAACCGCAGUGGCUCGUGCCCUCGACCUCACAUCCGGCCGCUUCUUCACCAAGCGUACAAAGGCUGCGAUCCCAGCUUCCCCGUCCUAAUCGAACACGGCCCCUCCUCCCAGCACCUCAUCUUCUUUAACUUCAGCAUCCGCCCAGACAAGCGCAACCUCCCGCCAGCCGGAAGCCGUCGUCGACCUCCUCACCAGCCACCACGACUGGCACUUCCCCACCGCGCAACACAACAUACCGCCAUCACCUUACAAGAAUCCGGCCUCGACAUCUCUCCCCUCCGGCGCCAUUCGACGCCAUACAUAACCUAGAGCCACCCGCACACUUUCAACCACAUCAACAAACCUCACCACCGUUUCCCGGCCACCACUACCCUCAAUUAUCUCGACCAAGGGAUUCCAAGAAACCUUUUGAUUGGGGGUUACACCAAACCAACCCUACCUCCCCAACCGCCGCGAUCUCCCAAAAACCGAAAAUCAACUUCAACCAUCUCUCCUCCUGCAUCCACCGCGUGC